AUGACCACUGCCAGAAGUCAAAUUCAGCAGCUGUACAAGGAGGGAGAAAAAGCCAAAGCAGACUUGGAUAGAGCAGAGAGGCGCAAUGUGGAGCUAGCCAAGGAAAUUGAUGACCGGCAUGCCACAAUGGAAUUGCUCAAUGAGACCAAAAUCAAAUAUUUGGAUCAAAGAUACAAGGAAAAGAUAGCAGCAGUUAAAUUAGAGAUGGGCAAGGAACAGGAGCGGAUUGUACAGCAGGUGAACACACAGCGAGCUGAACUCAAACACGAGUUAGAUUCCCUCCGAUCCGAGGAGAUCCAUUUCCAAGAAAAGCUGAAACUAGCAAUGAAGGAGAACAGUCGAUUACAGAAGGAACUGUUGGAGACGGUGGAAAAAUUGACUGAAUCUGAGAAAUUGAUUUCCAGAUUACAAAAGGACCUUGACUACGUGCUAAAGGAAAAAUUUGGAGCAUGGGAUCAUCUGAAUGUGGAGAUCAUUGGCCAUGAGCAGAGGUUCACAGAGAUUAUAAUGGAAUAUGAACAGCAGUGCAGGAGAGUGAAGGAGUUGCGUGACCAAAAUGAUGAGCUUCGGUCUGAAAUAGAGCUGCUCCACUCACAGCUGCACCACAGGAAAUGUAGCAAUGCGGGUAACAAGAGGGAGAAGAAUCCCAUUUGUAUAAGCCCUGAUGGCUGGGUCACCAGGUGCCAGUCUGCUUCUGAUAAGGCUUCCCUAGAAAGUGAAUGUGCCAACAUGAGCAUCCAAACAGAGAUGGCAAUGGAGCAAGUCAGAAGGCAGCAUCAACAGGAAGUGCAAGACCUUAAAAUCCAAUUGGAAACAAAGGUAAAUUAUUAUGAGAGAGAAAUUGAACUGAUGAAGAGGAAUUUUGAGAAAGAACGGAAGUACGUCGAACAAAGUUUUAAGAUUGAGAUCAGCGAACUGGAGGAUCAGCGAGUGACCAGGGAACAGGAGAUGGAGAGGCUUCAGGGUUUGGUGCAUGAGUUGCGUGUUCAACAGCAAGAUGCAGAAGUCAAGCAGGAGGAUGCAAUCGCUGAUAUGCUGAGACAACAUGAAACAGCCAAGCUAAACCUGCAAGAAGAGCUGAGGAAAGAACAGGAGGAAAAGUACAAAAUGGAGGAGCUUAAGAAGGACGCAGAGUUGACUAAAAUGUUUGAGGCACAGUCUAAAUCAAAAUUGGUGUUACAAAUGCAGGAACUGGAAAAGAGGUUCAAAUGGGAGAAGACAGCCCAACAGCAGGCCUUUGCCAAGGAGAGGUCAGAAUUAGAGCUGCGGCUGUCAAAGGAGAAGCUUGAAAUAGAGAAGGAAUUGAAACUCCAACAUCAGAAGGAGUUGCAGCAACUAAGGAAGGCAACACAAGAUGAAUCUAACCUGAGGCUCUCACUUUUGGAAGCUGACCAUGUUGCUUUAACACAAAAGUAUCAGUCUGAGAAAACGCAGCUGAUCCAAAGAUACGAGCUGAAAAUUGAGGAGCUGACAAGACAACAGAGUCAAGAGAGAAGUCAGUGGGAGUCUCAUGUUCAGACAACUUGCAAUGAGGCCAGGAAAGAAAAGCUAAACCUGCAGGAAAAGAUGCACGAGCAACAGGCUGAGAUCUGCAAAACAUUUGCAAUAGAGAGGGAAGAAAUGGAAACCAAGUACAAAGAGCAAAUACGCAGUCUUAGUCGUGAGAUCAAGAGCUUAAAGACUGAGGUAAAAGAGCUACGAAGUAUGAACGAUGUGGAAGAUCUAACCCGACAGGAUGAAAAACUCACUGCAGACAACUCUUGCCUUUACCAGAGGAUCAAUGUCCAACCUUCAACAAAUGAAGAAUUUUUUGCAUUGUUAAAGAACAAAGAAGAGGAAAUAUUGGGUUUAAAACAGCAAAGAGAUGAGAUGGAAAUAAAGCUGAGGCAAGCGAUGGAUGAGUCAGAGAGAAAGGAGCAGGUGAUUCAAAAUGAGACUAAGAAUCUGCAGAGGUUGGUAACUAAACUAGAAGCAGAGACUGAGACUGAGAAGAAGUACAGAUGUGAGUCUGAAAUGCUCUCUGAAGAAAACUCUUCCUUGAAAAGAAAAGUGGCAAAGUUUCAUCAGGAGUUCCAGGAUCUGGAAGGAGAAGUUAAUGAAGGAAGGAAACAAGUGGAACACCUGAAAGACGAAAGAGAGUGCAGCCAGAGAGAAUCUGAAGAACUCCAGAAACGGAACAAACAGUAUGUGGCUGAAAUUGCCCAGCUCAAUAGCAAGAACCUGCAGCUCAGCAAUCAGAACUCGCUAUUCAGUGCCAAGGUCGAUGCUAAUCAGCACAGCAUUCAGAUGCUCAAUGCAAGACUAGCUGAACUCUCCCAGCAGAAGGAAGAGGUGGUUAGUGUUAACAAACAACUGCAGGAAACUUCCAGCAGAUUGGAGAAGGAGCAUUUCCAGCAGCAAUUUGUAUGGGAAAAGGAAAAAGAGCUCAUGCAACAGGAACUGCAGGCAACUAAGGAAAAGUUAUUAGAUCUAGAUUCACUGGCUAAAGAGACAAAUUUACUAAGGGCAGAGAAAAAGAGCCUAGAUAUUCAAUCUAUGACAACUUUGCAACUCCUUCAGGAGGCCAAAGAGAAGAUAAAGAACCUAGAAUUGGGUUUGGACCAAGCGCAUUCUGAGCGAGACCAUAUGAAACUUGAACUUCAAGGAAAGCACAAAGAAAGUUUGUUGCUGACACAGGAGAUGGGAUCUGUUAAAACAUCAUUGCAAGAAGCAAAGGACAAGAUCAGCCAAGUGCAUAUCCUGGAGACAGAAUUGGAAUGUAUGAAAAAAGAAUAUCAGAUUUUGCAAAACAAACAAGUAAAAUUGGAAGCUGACCUGGUGGAGUCGCAGAAACAGUUGUUGGAGGCCAAGACCCACUUGAUGCUCUCCCAAUCUCAACACCAACAUGAUGUGCAACAAUUAAAGGAGCAAAUUGGCAAUGCAAUGCCCAAAGCUGUGUUGACAGAAUUACAGCUAAAGCUAUCGGAGGAAGAGCAGAAAGUGCAGCAUCUCCAAGAACAAAUCGAUGCCCAGACUAAGGAAGCAAACAGGUUGAUGUGUGGACAACAGGAGGAGUACAAAAGACUUCUAAAACAAAGGGAGGAAAGAAUGGAGGAGGUUGAACAAAAGCUGAAAAGUGUACGAAUGAUGCUUCAAGAUAAAGCGAACCAGCUCAAGGAACAGUAUGCAAAGAAUGCCAAGUCUGAUUCAAUAUUGAAGGAUCUGUAUGUGGAGAAUGCCCAGUUGAUGAAAGCAUUGCAGAUCACGGAGCAGCGGCAGAAAGGUGCUGAGAGAAAGAAUGUCUUGCUGGACGAGAAAAUCGCAGCUUUAAACAGAGUGUUAAGAAAAAUUGCUCCAGCCUCUUUCUCUUAACUGUGUCUAAGCACUACUACUCUCACCAUUUUAAGCUCAUCAACCCAAAAUGUUAAUACACUUUCUCUCUUGUAGCCAAGCCAUUUGUUAAUUACUGACAUUUUCUGUUUUUAUUUCUCAUUUCAAGCACCUGCAGUAUUUUGCUUUUGCAUGACCAUUUACCUCUGGCACUUUUUGCAAAGCAUAUAUUGUUCUUCAUCCCAAUAAAAUUACUUUGAUACUGAUCUUUCCAUGCGUAAUCAACUAAAAUCAAGUUCUCUUCUGAUAUUCUACUCAGUUUUUCUCUCCAUUAUGCAAUGCUUCAAAUCUUUGUAAAAUCCUGAUUUAGUGCUUAGUAGGAUAUAUGUUUACAAUGCAGAUUAUCAACUUUUCCAGUCAAUAAACUGUUUGCUCCUACCUUUGAAAGAGAUUUGAAUAAUUGGUAUGUGUUUUCCCGAGAGGGUAAUGCAGCUAUAAUGGUAACAGCAACCUUGCAACAGACCCAACAAGGGUUUAAGUACAUUUUUGCAUGUAUUGAUAAUGCAUCAUCUUGAAUGAAUGAAUGAGAUAAUGAUGUUACAAAAUUUUUACAUUUAUUGUAUUUUUUUUCUUGUUCCAUUAUAUUUACUUUUUUUCCUAAAGUAACUUGAUUGCUGUAUGAUGUGUAAGAUGGAGUUUUGAUAUGAGAACUAUGUGUAAAUGUUCAGUUAUUUGAAGAUAAGACAAUCUGUAAAUGCUGAUCCUGCUGUGCAGAAAUGAUUUUUUUUAUUUAACUGACUUUGAUACUAUUUUGAUAAAUUUUUAUAAAAACUAAAAAUAUCA